AUGAUCUUUAUGGAAAAAGUUCUGAAGUUUCGCAGUAGUCGAGCUGGUUUUUUGAUGAUGAUUGGACAGGUAUGUUUUUAUUUAUUAAAGUCCGGAAAUUGAUAGGGUUCCAAAUUUCUAAUUAAAGGUCACUGACGCGGUUUCCACGCCUUUGGUCGGGAUAUUCAGCGAUUCCAACAUUUUGCCGUCUGCUUUUGAUAAAAUCGGUCGACGCAUUUCGUGGCACAUCAUAGGUGAGUUUUAUUUAAUAAGGCAUUUUUCUGUUUUGUGAUAGUAAAUGAAACCCGUUAGCAGCUUUUCAUUGUUCUUACCUGUAGCUUAUUUUAUAUUCGUCAUGAAACACUAUCCUUUCGUUUUUUAUGUAACAGUUAUAAAUCAUUUCUCAACCAUAGUAAGUAGAAACCCGUUCAGCAUACUGAUUCAUAGAUAAUUCUCACUAUUUCGAGUUGAUACGAUUUUAAACAGAUAACUUUUAAAAUGUUUCCUGUAGUCCCUGUGUUUUCCUAGUUUUGUCCUGAUUCAUUCAAUAAUCCACUGUUUUGAAAAACUUAAAAUUUAUGACAAAAUAAAUCGAUUUGUGUGUUAUUUGUUGGCUCAUGAGCUUUUCAGGAACAAUCCUGGUGUCUGUCUCGUUUCCGUUCAUUUUCAAUAGAUGCUUGCUUUGCACUGAUUCCACUUCCGAAUGGUACGCUGUUGCUUGGUUUGUGCCGUUUAUCAUGGUCUUCCAGUUCGGCUGGGCGUCUGUCCAGGUUAAUUCCAGUCUUUGUCUUUUUUCUGAAGUUGAAUCGAAGUGAAUAAAUGACAUAAAUGUGAAGAAUACUGACAAAAUUCAAAAACUUUCACUCAUUUUUUUUUGUUUUGAAACAUGUCAUUUUCUGUUUCAGCUUUGUUAUUUCCUACAAGUUUAUGCAGGCAGUUUUUCAUAUAUUGUGUAUAAUCUGCAUGCUUACGUUAAUUAAACUUUUCAGUAACUAAUCUUUGUAUGUAAUAGUUUUAAAUUAAGCGGGACAGUCAAGUAGAUGUUUUUUUAUCAGAUUUAUUAGUUUUUUUCGGAUAGUGAUCCCGGUGGUGGAUUCAUUUUUCCGUAAGGGAAAGUAUUUUUUUGAUAAUUUUUUUGUAAUAUUAUUCUGAUGCUGAUCACUGGAAAAUUUGUGAAACUGAGAAAGAAAAAAAUUGUCUUUUUCAUGUUUCUUUUUCUAAUAGAAUUCCUUGGAAUCCUACAGAAAACUUAUCUUAUUUUUUUCUGCAGAUCUCUCACCUCGCCUUGAUACCUGAACUCUCUUCUCUCCCAUCAAGUAGAUCAACUAUGAACUCUCUGAGGUAAGCGUUUUCUUUAUCGACUUUUUGGUAAUAGUUCCACUUUUCAGAUAUUCGUUCAGCGUUAUAGCCAACUUGACGGUGUUUUUCACGCUUGCUUGGCUUUUAUCAGGAAGUACAAGCCAUAAAUCGAUCGGCCCAUGGGAUUUUGAGCAUUUCAGAGUAAGUAAAACAAUUGUGUAUUUAAAUAGUGUCGGGUUUCAGUUUUCUGGUUUGAUGGUUGUAACCCUCGGAAUAGUUGUUACCAUCGGGUUUUACGCGUUUACUCGGGAGCCGGUUCAUGGGCGAAGAUUGAGGUUGGAAAUCAUCUUGACAGAGGAUAAUUCUUUCCAGCCGUUUGAACUCGUUUUCAUCUGAAGCCAGUGAGCUCAUGAGGAUGCACUGGACCAGUUGGUUUGGCCAUAUUCAGUUCUACCAGGUGAGACACAAUUUUUUUCCCGAAGAAAUAUAAUGAUUCAGAUAGCGCUGCUUUACAUGCUGUCUCGGCUUUAUAUAAAUAUAUCUCAAGUUUAUUUUCCUUUCUACAUCACACUCACUCAGAAUUGUGACAAGGUUAUUAGUUUUCAAUGAAAAAGUUUCAUCGAAGUUUUCAGAAGUAUGUUGCCAUUCUGCCAAUGGUUUCUUACAUCGCCUCUUUCUGUAUUUCUAUGCUGAUCAGUCUGCCAGCUAUUGGGGAUUUCUUUUCGAAGAAGGUUCAUUCAUUUUUUCCGUUUUUGAUGAAGCUUGAUUUCAUUCAAAAUUCAGAUUCUAUUCGCUUUUGGGCUGACUACGGGAGUGUGCGCAUGCAUCGGAAUGCUUUUCGACCUGGUUGGCUGGCAACUUUACGCCCUAUCAAUAGUCAUUGGCAUAACUCAAGCGAUUUUAUUGAUAACUUCCUUGUCAAUAACAGCCGAUCUCAUCAAUAAAAAUACUGUAGGAAAAAUUCCGUGUGAAAAUACAAUUAUUUUUCUUUUCAGGAGAGCGGUGCAUUUGUUUAUGGAGCUAUGAGUUUUCUAGAUAAGCUCACAAAUGGAGUAGCUUACCAGAUUAUCGAGCUGUGGAAUCCAACUUGCGAGUGAGUUUCUUAUUAUCUCCUUUUUACUUUCAGUUUUGAAAUUUCCAGUGCGUUGAAACCUCACAAGGCAUGUACAAUCUUCUACCGACAAGUUAUGGUUUACGUUCCUGGAGGAUGUUUGAUUUUAGCCUUGGUAGUUUUGAUCAGCCUGAUUCCUUCGACAAUUGGCAGCAGAAGCCGUAGAAGACCAGGUUUUUGUUGGGGAUGGGAAGUCAUAGUUCAGACAAUUGCCUAUCAAUGAUACAAAAAACCAAAAUUAGAGCGAUUUUGAUUUUGGAGAAGUAGAAAAUAUCCUUUCAAAGUAUGCAAUCCUUAUUCGCAAAAAUCCGAACUUAGAAAUUUACAUUUGAAAAUAUUUUGGCCGUUUAAAACUUUCCGAAAUUGCGCAACUGGAUUUCUGUAGCUUAAUAUUGUCAAUUCCCAGUUUUUCAACCAAUGUAAAUUUAUAAACGCUGUGUAGGCAACAAGAAUCUUAUAACAAAAAAAAAAUUUUCUAAAAAAGCGAGAAUAAUAAUAUUGGAAGUAUGAUCAAAAUAAAUAAAAGGACUGAUAAAAAAGCAUGUAGAACAAGGAGAGAAAUGAAUGGCUUCGCAGACGCAGACGACGAAGUGGCCAUUCUUGACGACGUUGAUAGCGCCUAA